CGGAGCCCUCUAGCCUAGCCUGCAUAGCAACUUAGCGGCGUUGGCAUCGAUCGUGGGCGGUUUGACCUGAAUGCAGUUGCCCUCAUCACAUCCUUGGACAGUGACACUGAGCAGAACAGCUGCAGUAACCUUGACAAUUUUAUAAGUUCAUUUUGAAACAGGUGUGGUUUAUAGUUGAAACCUGCCUGAGAACUCUGUGUGAAGUUGCUCAAUACACGGGUCCGUUAGUGCACCACCUGCCUACACGAUAACUGAUCUACAGAAUACAUGUACACGUACCUGUACAUGUACACUGACGUAUAGGCUUCUUACGGUGACCGUGUGCUUCUGAGGUGGUGUCGACCGACAAGUAAUGAGUGUUCAUACAUUGGGGUGCCGCACAAGAUGAACCGAGGCCCGAGUUGAUUGCUCGAAGUAUUAGCAAGCCAUGGCCACCGUGAAAUCUACAGCCCAGCUCGAGGAAGAGAUCUUUGGAAGGUGGAAAAAUGUGAAGACGGAGGGCAUUAAGCAACUGCGAGAGUUGUUCAGUCUCGACGAGAGCAUGGUCCCCGACCAGCCUUGGGGAGUGACCGAAAUCAGCAAGGAAGCUGACGGCAUCUACGCCAUCGAGUCCAGCUCCGAGUGGGGCACCAACCGGAUGCGCGUGGAGCUGGGCAGGCCGCACAGGGACACUGUGAUGGGCCGCGAGAUGGACUUAGUGGUCAUCUGGGAAGGACCCCGGCUGACCACCAAGAUUGUCGGCACCAACGAUAACAUGUUGACCCGGGAGGUGGUGGACGGCAAGCUGGUUAGUGUGGUGCAUAUCAACGACAUUGUCGUCACCACUGUGGCCGAGAAAUGUUGAUCGACCGUGUAGCUGUCAACGGUCGUUCAGCCAGCCGUCCUGCAUACUUUUGUUCUGUUGCAAGGAUUUCAAAUUGUCUACCGUUGUGAUUUUUGACAGAAUAAUAUAAUUUGCCAGACACCAUCUAUCCGUAAUGCUGCCAUGAAGUAAAGCCACUAGAAAAUUGAACAAACUACAGGUGGCGCCUUGAAGCAAGGCUGCUAACUAGAGAGAGUUAUGACGUUGACAGGGGUGGGAAUGAAAGAGGGUGGAGAAAGGUCAAAGUCGGUUCUGGUUUGAUUAUUUCUAAGGAAACUCAAAGGGCAAUGCCGUUAAAUUUCAACCCUGUUCCCCCGUCUUUCUGCUCCUGAAACAUCGGUAUUUUGUAUUUCAGUUGGGGUACAGGGCAUAUAAUGGAAAGUGGGAAGUUAACAUGCUGUAUUUUAACAACCCACCACUGUCGUGGCAGAAAUCAAAGACAGGUCUCCUUUUUUUCUGAUUAUAUUCUGGUAUUUUAAGGAUGGCUUCUCCGGCUUGGACUGCAGGUGGACUAGAGGAGGGGAAUGCACUGAACUGUAAUGCAAAUAUCGCAGACAGAUCCAGACUGAUGAGCUCAGCAUCACAGAUAAUUGCAAACUGAUGCAGAUAUUGCCGGGGGGUCUUGAAAUGAUGGGGAUUCUAUGGAGCUAAGGUCUGAUCUAUCAUACAGCCUUCUAGAAAGAUUGCAUUUGGGGAUAAAAUUUCUGAAGAUCUUUUCAAAACGCACAACUCUUUUGUGUGAAAUUUUAUUAAAUGCAAUAGAGAACAAAUUUACUUGAA